AUGACGCCGCCGCCGGAGUUUUGCCUGUCUCCGAACAAGGACUUCAACGUCGCUGUGGUCGGAGGCGGCAUCGCCGGCCUGACGCUGACUCUCCAGCUCCUGCUCCAGCGGAUCCCGACAACGCUGUACGAGCAGGCGCCGCAGUUCGGAGAGAUCGGGGCCGGCGUCUCGUUCGGGCCCAACGCGCUGAGGGCCAUGUCCCUGAUCUCGCCGCACGUCCGGAACGCGUUCGAAGCCCAGGCGACGUACAACCAGUCGGAAGACCACAAGGGCGUGUGGUUCGACUUCAGGUACGGCGAGUCCUGCGACGGCAAGCACCGGGAGGGCGACCUGAUCUACCGCCUGGAGUGUGACGGCGGGCAGACGAGCAUUCACCGCGCUCACUUUCUGGAUGAGCUGGUGAAGCUGCUGCCGGACGGGAUUGCCAAGUUUGGCAAGCGCUGUGUGGACUAUGAGGAUGAUGGGAAGAGCGUGUUGUUGAAGUUCCAGGACGGCACGACAGCGAGACACGAUGCGGUGAUUGCUUGCGACGGCAUUAAGUCCAAGUUGCGCAGCGUCAUGCUGGGAGAGAACGAUCCAGCCGCUAAGGCUGUCUUCUCUGGAAAGUGCGCUUAUCGAGGACUGAUUCCCAUUGAGGAAGCUCAAGAACUGCUUGGCGAAGAGCUGGCCGGGAACGCCCAGAUGUACUGCGGGAGGCAUGGUCACAUUUUGACCUUUUCCGUAGCCAAAGGCAAAUACAUGAAUGUGGUUGCUAUGCGCAGUAAAGACGACUGGAAAUCAGACAACUGGGUCGUGUCAGUCAACAAGGAGGAAAUGCUUGCCGACUUUGAAGGCUGGAGUGAGCAAGCCCGUCGGAUCAUCCAGAUGAUGCAAAAGCCCGAUGUCUGGGCCCUAUUCGACCACCCGCCCAGCCACACAUUCUUCAAGGGACGGGUGUGCCUCCUCGGUGACGCAGCCCACGCGUCAACACCUCACAAGGGCUCCGGAGCUGGCAUGGCGAUUGAGGAUGCAUACGUCAUGGGCAACCUGUUGAGUUUGAUCUCCAGCCCUGAAGAGAUUGAGCCUGCGUUUGCUGUAUACAACAAGACGAGAAAGGAGAGGUCACAGAACUUGGUCACGGAUAGCCGCGAGCAGGGACAGUUGUACGAGUUGGAGUUGAAGGACGACCCGGAGUGGAUCGCCGAGAACUUGUCGACCCGCAUGGAUUGGAUAUGGAAGUACGACUUGACUCAAGAGCUGGAGAAGGGCAGGCGGAUGUUGGAAACGAAGGCGCAACUAUGA